AUGGCUUUGGACAAUCUGGAGUAUAAGAUGGAAGAGAUGGAAAAAAGCAAUAAAAGCAAUGCAAUGAUUGUCAUGGGGGAUGUUAUUGGUCUUGUUCAUGUACAAGCCAAGAACACAGAAACCAAAGAGAUCAACAUAUGCUACUCUUCAGAACAUGCUAUGGCUGUUGAGAGUCAAAAUUUCAUGAAUACAAACUGUUCCUGGUAUACAAAGAUUUCCAAGGAGGCUUUUUAUAAAUCACGUCUUGAAAACAAUGGAACUGCAUUUGUUGGAGUUCUACUAUUCAGAAACAUGAUAAAUAUGAAUGAAACUAAAAAUUACACUGUUUUGAACAAUGAGGUUUAUGGAAUAACGAUGAGGGCCAAAAUCUACAACCUUACAGAAAAUAUUGACAUAUUCUUUACACAUAAUGAUAAGGUCGGUAAGGCAUCCUGCAGUUCUUGGGAUGGCAAAGGAGAACUUAAAUGGACGACGUCCGGCUGUGAGACAGAAAUCAACAACACUAUAAAGUGCUCCUGCUCACAUCUGACGUUCUUUGCAGUGCUGAUG